AUGGAGCCGCCGCGGGGCCCAAGGAAGCCUCUGUCAGGGAGGAGAGCCAGGUCUCUGGACAGGCUGCAGAACCCCCAGAAGGAUUCAGAGUCACGGGACUGCUGGUGCAUUUCCCAGCCCACCAGCCCCUCCAGAAGGCUGCUGCGCCGGACGGCCAGCGAUGGGGCCAAAUGUCCCAAGAGCCCAGCUCAGUCUGCGGAGGCUCAGCGCACCACGGCUGCAGCCCUCAGCCCAGAGGAGACCAGGAAGUUUCUCCCCAGUGAGCAGAGGCCUCCGCAGGACACCAAGAAGGACAAGGCCCAGGGUCGGGCCCAGCAGGGGUGGCUGAAGACCAUGAUGAACUUCGUAUUUGGGAUGAGCCCUGAGGAGCCCAAGGAAAAGACCAACAAGAGGGCCAAGGGGAAGGAGGGCUUCCCCGAGCCUGCAGAAACCCCCGAGACACCGGGCGAGCCAGCUCCCAGGAAGAAAGCCCACAGCAAGAAGGCCAGCCGCAAGAAACACGGUCACAAGAAACAUGGUGCUGAGGAAACCAAGGGCAUCCGAGAUCAGGAGGCCAAAGGGCAGGAGGCCAAGAUGGCUGGUGCCUCAUGCUGCGAGGAGGCUGAUCUGGGCCCAGCAGCUGGGGGUGGAGGUGCUGGAGUCCAGAAGGUUUCUUCCCAAGCCACAGGUCGCCAGGGAGAAGAGGAGCUCGGAAAGCCUGACAAGGAUACCAUCAUCCAGAAGAUAGCGGGAUUUCUCAAAAAAGUGGGAGACCAGUGGGAAGAAGAGCAGCAUCAAGCCUCUCAGCCAGAGGUGGCUCCUCAAAACCCAGCACCAGGCUUCAGGAAGAAACCCCAAGAGAGAAAGUCUAGCCUCAAGAAAGCCUUUUCUCAUAAGAAACAUGGUUUUGAGGAGCCCAAGAGAGCACAGGCUGCAGAUGUUUCCAGCCCAGAGUCCCGGCCGCCCAAGAGGCCCAGCUUUCUGCCCCUGUGUGUUGGUGGCCAUCGACCCUCCAGCUCCAGCAGCCCAGGUGUGGAAAAACCUGAAGUCCAAGAGACUCUGUCUACAGAUGGUGGGGAUCCAAGUCCCUUCGAGCUUUCCAACCCAGCAGGAAGCCGGGGACCCGAAGAGGACCUGCAGCUGGACAGAGCCUCGGAAUUCAAGGAAUUUAUCCAGGAGAUCAUGGACCUACUCCAAGAUGCAGAGGAGCAGGGGGGAGACAAGCAACUUCAAGUCCAGGAGGCACAAGUGGCUGUAGGAAACCUGGCCCCAACCUCCAGAAAGAAAUCACAAGAGAAAAAGUCCAGUUUCAGAAAAGCCUUUUCUCAUAAGAAACAUGGCUUGAAGGAGCCCAAGAGAGGGGCUGCUGCAGGUGCUGCCAGUCCAGAGUCCCGGCCGUCAAAGAGGCCCAGCUUUCUGCCCCUGUGUGUUGGUGGCCAUCGACACUCUAUCUCCAGCAACCCUGAUCCGGAGGAUGUGGAGUUCCAGGAGUCCUCGCCUGCAGAAGGGGGGCCAGUUGGAUCCUCAGAAGCACCCUCCCAGGCCAGAAGCCACAAGCCAGAAGCAGGACCUCAGCCACAUGGAGCAAAUGAAUCUAAGGAGCUGAUCAUCCAGAAGCUGGUGGCCCUUCUCCAAGAAGUGGAUGGCCAGUUGGGGGAGCAGUUCAGGCAACACCCCAGCUUUAAGAAGUUUUUCUACAAGCUCCCAGACUCUUCCCUCAGAAAGCUCGUAGCCACCCUGCGCCCCCAGGAGGCCCACUCCACGGAGCCCAAGAGACCCUACCCGUUUGUCUUUGGCUUGGCUAACAAACGUGCUGGCAGCAAUCACCAAGCCGUCCUCAGCCUCACGGGCCUACACUACAGGCGACCGAGUUUCAGCCAGUUCCCAUACAGGGAGGACCAGCAGAAUGACACAAAUCCUCAGAGCCAGAGUCCAGAUUGA